GGCGAUAAGAAGGCAUUCAGAUUCCGUAAGUGAUAUGAAGAAAGCCAUAAUGGCUACUUAUUAUCAUAUGUGUUCGACAGAAGAAAAUCCGCAACAUCAAUAUUGUCCACCGGGAGCUGAAAGCUGGUGUAAGUGGCGAGUUGCAGAAGCGACUGGAAAACUUGACGAAUUUGAGCAUCAGCCUGCUUUUCAUAAAAGUGUUCAAGAUCAUCUGUUGCCAAUUUAUGAAGAUCUGUCCAAAGAUGAAUUAUUACAAAGAUGUUUAGGUGGAUACACUCAAAAUUGUAACGAAAGUUUUAACGCAUGCAUUUGGCGUCUAGCUCCGAAACAUCUCCACUGUGGUUUGAAGACUAUAGAAAUUGCUGCUUAUCUGGCUACCGCAAUAUUUAAUGAAGGUUUCUUUCCAAUAUUAAAAAUGAUGGAAACAAUGGACAUUAUUAUUGGACAACAGAGCAAAACAUUUGCCGAAUAUCAUAAUGACAAGCGACUAUUGAAUGCACACCGGCGUAGCUCAGAAAGCACUAAAGAGGCUCGUACAGCCAGAAGAAUGGAGAAAACGGUAUUACAAGACUUUUUUGAAGAAGAAGAAGGUUUAAUGUAUGGGGCCGGAAUAGCAGAAUAAACGUUCAAGUCGAUUUUUCAGCGAUAACCGGGAGGAACAUUACAACGCCCGCCAAUGGACGGGAAAUUUCAGAGAGGGGUCCAGAUUAUUUAUUAUAUAUUGAAAUUAAAUAAUGCAAACUGAAAAUAAUUAAAAUUUUUUGAUACCGUAA